GUAUGUCUAUGGCGGAAGACGAAGCUAAAGUUUAGUGUUGGUGAUAGAGCUGUACGUCAGAUCGUCUGAAAAGUGAUGUAGUAGAGGAGAUUUAGUAUUGAGAGCGAAGAAACUGUAUGAUGAAGACAACUAUGUAGCUGCUGAGACAAGCUACUGUCACUUGCUGCUGCUCUAUGAAACAGCAGAACAUGAAGCACUAGAGAAAGCACGUGCGCUCAAUAGGUUGGGUUUGCGUCUAUAUAACCAACAUAAAGUGAAUGACGCCGUAAAGUUUACGGAACGAUGUUUGUCUAUUGUACGAGAUAUUACACGUUAACAUGAAGAGUUUCUGUCUGAAGUGUUACACAAUAUGGGAGUGCAUCUAUACGAGGAGGGCAAGUAUGUAAGAGCAACAAAGAGAGUCAUUCAACAUCCAGCGUAGAUUGUCUUCUGUGAACAAAGUCAACAUGGCAUCAACUUGUAAUUUCCUUUCACAUUGCAUUCUCUCUCGAUGUCUAACAAAAGAAGCUGAAAAUGUGAUGAGAGAAGGUCAUGUGUUGUUACUCAGCACAGGCGACAACGAUGACAAAGCAGAGGCUGCUACUCUACUGGCUUAUGCUAUUCAACUAAAUGAAGGUACAGAAGAGGAAGUGAAAAAAUUGUUACGACAGGCUGAUGGAUGGAUUAAAAUGAUGGGAGAAGGACGAGGCAAGGCAGAAGUGUUGAGUGAAAUGGGAGAAGUAUUGGUGAUAAGGGGUGACUACAAACGUGCCAAUAGGAUACUGCAGGAAGCUGCAACAAUACAAAGACACUUUUUACCAACCAAGCCAUUGGGAGACUGCUCUAACUCUUUGUCGUAUGGCAGAAUGUCAAGUGAAACAAGACCAACAAAUGGCUGCUUUGCCAUUAUUCCACGAGUCAUCAGAAAUGAUGAGUAAAUCAAUAGGUGUGGAACACCCAAUAAGAGGAAGAAAUUUAUUUGGUGUUGCUAAAGUCCUUCUAAGACAACAGAAGUGGCAAGAAGCAGAAAGAAUUCUGAAGGAAAGUGUCAACAUUUUGUGUGUUUCCACUGCAGGGUUUCAUCCUACAAUUGCAGUCGAUCGAGCGUCAAGCAAGUUCAUUAAAGUUGAUGAUUUACAAAGAGAGUUGGAGCAGCUCAGAGAAAGCAAUCGAGCCAUUCAAGCAGAGAAAUCUGCUUUACAGCAGCAAUUAGCUGAUCAGGAGGCUGUAAUUUGUGCCAUCACUGAUGAGAAUGAACGUCAAGUGGGAGAAGUAAGGAGAUUACUGCAACUCGUGCAGCAACGUGACAAAGACAACACACAACUACAAGCAGCAGAUCGUGAGCAGGAACAUCUUGCAGCACAACAGAGAGAAGCAAACGAACUGCAGGAGCAAAUCACGAGAAUGGCAAGUCAGUUAGAUGACGAGGAGAGACAGCUGCAACAACAGGAGGAAAAAAUGGAUGACAUGAGAAGCACAAUAGAAGAACUAAAAGGCGAGUUGAUGUCGUGAGGCACGAGGUGCAAGAGAAACACACGACUAAUGAACGUCUGGCAAGAGACUUGCAGAGAAGUGAAAAUGCAAUGCAGCAGCUGCAACAACUUGUAUGUGUGUAUUGAUGUGUAUAGUAGACGUUGGUGUUGGCAUGUGGAGUGGUGUAGCAGUUGCUGUCAAGACAUUUCAUGAAGAACCGGUUAGAGUAGAUGAACUCAACAUUUCAUUCAUUAGACGUCAAGUGUCGGUGUCCAGUCGUGUUCAUCACCCCAAUGUCGUAUCCAUCUGUGGAGCUAUCAUUGAGAAUGAAGUUCCUUUUCGUAUCGUCAUGGAGCUUUUGGAAGGAUCACUGAAAGAUGUGAUCAAAGCUGCUUUGAGAAGCAGAUAUCUGUCCAUGAGGGAACAAGUGGAUAUAGCUGUGCGAUGUCUGUGUGGUGUGAUGUAUCUUCACCAACUGCAGCCUACUCUUCUUCAUGGAGACAUUUGCUCUACCAACAUUCUCAUCAGCAAGACCAUGCAAGCCAAAAUUGGUGAUGUGGGCUCUUGUCGCUUCUCUAACGAGUCACUUUCUGUCGGUCCUCUCAGUCCACAAUACAUUGCACCAGAACGAGUUGUGGAAGGUCGUGGCCCUGCUUCACCCAACACAACAGAAGCCGACAUGUACAGCUUGGGAGUCACGUUUGUCGAGUUAUUCACAGGAGUAGGUGCAGAGAUGAAACGGCGUAAGAGUCAGUUUCGAGCUGUUCCUUAUGUUCCACUUGCAAGACAUUUGCUAUGCUAUGGCAGAAGAGAAUCCACGUGAUCGCAUUUCUGCAGCAGCAGCUCUCAUGCAAGUGAAUGCAGUGAAGCAGAAUGAUGAGUACACUUCCUGUCCUCCCAAAAGGAUGGUGAAAGGCAAGAAACGCAAAGAAGACAAA